GGGAGUGGUCAGGGGUCGCCGGGUAUCCUGAGGGCAUUUCUAGGUCUUCGGGCGUCCGGAAGCAUGGGGGUUGGCCGAGGCCGAGGGUCGGCGUUGACCUGUCCCCUCUCCCGCGCAGGCCGCGGCCCCUCCCGGCUCGCCGGCCCCAGCGCCCGGCAGCUCCUGGCGCGGCUGGACGCGCGCCCCCUGGCGGCGCGAGCUGCGGUCGAUGUGGCGGCGCUGGUACGCAGGGCGGGCGCCACAUUGCGCCUGCGCCGGAAGGAGGUUGUUAGCGUGCUGGACUCUGCGGACAUAGAGGUCACAGAUAGUCGCCUGCCUCAUGCCACUAUUGUGGAUCACCGGCCCCAGCACCGUUGGUUAGAGACACGUAAUGCGCCUCCCCAAGUGAUCCAGGGUAAGGCACGUAGUGCUCCGAAGCCAUCCCAGGCCUCUGGUCAUUUCUCUGUGGAGCUGGUCCGCGGUUACGCAGGCUUUGGCCUCACCUUAGGUGGGGGCCGGGAUGUUUCUGGGGACACUCCACUGGCCGUGCGCGGGCUGCUGAAGGAUGGUCCAGCACAGCGCUGUGGUCGUUUGGAGGUCGGGGACCUUGUGCUCCACAUCAACGGAGAGUCAACGCAGGGCCUCACCCAUGCCCAGGCCGUGGAGCGGAUCCGAGCUGGAGGCCCCCAGCUCCACCUGGUUCUUCGACGGCCUCUGGAGACCCACCCUGAUCGCAGCCCAGAUCCUGGAGGGCCGGAGGUAACGGGGUGUCGCAGCAGCAGCAGCACUUCCCCAGUUCAGCACCCUCCAUCCCGGACGACGCUCAAGAAGACCCGGGGCAGCCCAGAGCCUAGUCCAGAGGCGGUCGCCGAUGGCGCCACGGUUUCUCCUCCUGAGCGCUGCACUGAGGAUCCCAACGACCAGAUCCCGGGUUCCCCGGGGCCCUGGCUAGUGCCCAGCGAGGAACGGCUCUCGCGGGCCCUAGGGGUCCGGGGGGCAGCGCAGCUCGCUCAGGAGAUGGCAGCCGGAAGGCGGAGGCACUGAGCCUACCUCUGACGGCGCGGGGCUCACUAGUUACCGCCCAACCUGGAUCCGGCCCGUGUGGCCGCCGGGCACUUGGCACUUCCCCGAGAGCUUCCACUUGGUCUGGUCCCCCCUCCCGCUGCGCAGUGGCUCUGCCCGCACUCCCCUUGCAGCGUCAGUGGUACGACCCUUCCAGCCCGGCUAGCCUGCGCUUCUGGUUCUGGGAGGGAGAGGUAAUAAAAUGGUUCGAUCUGGU